CUAAAUUCUAAAUCAAUAAAAUCUGAAUGGCCGAAUCCGCAAUGGGAGGCAAGAUCGAUUUGAGAUAGAAAGCAUCAGAGUUCAGAGCUGAACCAAGUAAGCAUGGCUUCCUCCUCUUCUUCUCGAUCGGAUCAGGAGCGUCCAGGUUUAGGUUUAGGGUUAUGUGAAGGAGAAGAAGAGUACGGAUCAGAAUCGGGUUGGGUGGAAGCUCGAAGUUCAUGCGAUCAUCUGUGUUCCCUCUCCCCUGAUCUCAGCCAUAUUCCAGCCCCUCAGAAUACUCCCUGCUACGAGUGCCAACACCCGUCUGAAAACUGGUUGUGUCUAUCGUGUAAGGAGGUGCUGUGCAGCCGUUUUGUGAACAAGCACAUGCUGUCCCACUCGCGGCGCACCAACCACUGUGUGGCACUCAGCUUCAGUGAUCUAUCAGUCUGGUGUUUCUCCUGUGACGCUUACUUGGAUGCACAACUCAUCCCACAGCUACGCCCCGUUUAUCAACUUGCCUAUAUCUUGAAAUUUGGCCAACCUCCGCCACUUCCUCAACACAAUUAAUACUUCCUCAACUUUUUAAUUGUUCAUUAUUCUCAGUACUGUCUCUGCUUUUAAUUUUUUAGUUAUCUUUAGCCUCCACUUGGCGUAUGCUUCUUGCAUUGGAUAUUUGGAAACUUCAAUUCUGUGUAUAUCUCUAGGAUUUAGGUGAAUUUUUCCAUAAAUUUUUAAUAAAAAAAAAUGAAUUCUAGAUCUUUUAAGCGAUAAAAAAUCUAAAAUCAUGUCAUAAAAAUACAUGAAUGAGUAUAAGUUUUCUGCUGCAUUUCUCUGUGCGUCAAUAGCUUUUUAUUCUGUAGGUCGACUGCAUUUCUCUUCAGCGGCUUGUCAUUUCAUAGAUGAUAUUUCAUGGCCAAAAAUCUUGUUAAUUAUUCCCCUCAUAGUUUGCCUCCUGUGUCUCGUUUGCGUAAUAAGAUACUAAUAAUUAAGGUAAUUUGCA